UCGGGCCGGCGGGGCCGGGAGCGGCGCGAGGUGACCGGCGACAUGUUCCGCUGCCGCGUGGCCGCCGCCUCCGCGGGGGGCCUGGCGCGCGCUCUGCGCCCCCUCAGCCCCGCACCGCGGGGCCGCGCCGCCGCGGUUUUGCAAUGUCAUCAUCUAAGAUGCCCUUCUAGAUCACUGACGUCUUCAGGUGUUCCUGGCAAAGCUGGCAGCAACCUAUUGUUAUACUUAAUUGUAGGAGGAACAGUCACUGGGACAGGAGCUUAUGUAUACAAAACGCUGAGAGAAAACAAAGAGCGAUUCACCAGCCGUGUCACAACAAUAACUACGCGAUCUCAAGAAAAGGAAGCGUCUCCUUCCGAUACAGGUGCUGCUUCUCAGGGCACAGCAGCUCCGGGAGCUCGCCCUGAGGUCCCCUCUCACGUUCCUUUCCUGCUGAUCGGUGGAGGCACUGCUGCUUUUGCUGCUGCCAGAUCCAUUCGGGCUCGGGACCCUGGCGCCCGGGUGCUGAUUGUGUCUGAAGAUCCUGCUCUGCCCUACAUGCGUCCACCUCUUUCCAAAGAACUAUGGUUUUCAGAUGAUCCAAAUGUGACGGAGAGUCUGCGGUUCAAACAGUGGAAUGGCAAGGAGAGGAGUAUAUAUUUCCAGCCGCCAUCAUUCUAUGUGCCUGUUCGUGAUCUGCCUUUUGCAGAAAACGGUGGAGUAGCAGUUCUCUGUGGCAAGAAGGUUGUGCAUAUGGAUGUUAGAGGCAACACCGUGAAACUCAGCGAUGGCACCCAGAUAUCCUAUGACAAAUGUCUAAUUGCCACUGGUGGUUCCCCAAGGAACCUACCCGCCAUUGAAAGAGCAGGAAAAGACGUACAACAAAGGCUGACGCUGUUCCGAAAGAUUGAGGACUUCAAACGUCUGGAGAAGAUUUCAAGAGAAGUCAAGUCCGUCACAAUUAUUGGUGGUGGUUUUCUCGGCAGCGAGCUGGCCUGUGCGCUGGGCAGAAGAGCACGAACCAGAGGCCUGGAGGUGAUUCAGCUGUUUCCAGAGAAUGGCAAUAUGGGCAAAGUCUUGCCUGAAUAUCUGAGCAACUGGACCACGGAGAAAGUCAGACGAGAGGGUGUUAAUGUCAUGCCUAACGCUGUGGUCAAGUCUGUCUCUGUCAGUGGCAAUCGGCUGAUAAUUAAACUAAAGGAUGGCCGAAAGGUGGAGACUGAUCAUAUUGUGGCUGCAGUAGGGCUGGAGCCUAAUGUGGAAUUAGCAAAGUCAGCGGGGCUGGAGGUGGACUCUGACUUCGGAGGGUUCAGGGUGAACGCAGAGCUGCAGGCACGCUCCAAUAUCUGGGUGGCAGGAGAUGCUGCCUGCUUCUACGAUAUCAAACUAGGGAGGAGACGCGUGGAGCACCAUGAUCAUGCCGUUGUGAGUGGAAGGCUGGCUGGAGAAAACAUGACGGGAGCUGCGAAGCCCUACUGGCACCAGUCCAUGUUCUGGAGCGAUCUGGGUCCUAACGUAGGGUAUGAAGCCAUCGGCCUUGUCGACAGUAGUUUGCCAACAGUGGGAGUCUUUGCUAAAGCAACAGCGAAAGACACACCGAAAAGUGCAACGGAGCAGUCAGGGACUGGUAUUCGAUCAGAGAGUGAAACAGAAGCAGAAGCCUCAGAAGUUCACAUUUCUCCAAGCUCUUCACCAACGCCUCAAGUUCCCAAGCAAGGAGAAGAUUAUGGCAAAGGUGUCAUUUUCUACCUCAGGGAUAAAGUUGUGGUAGGAAUCGUGUUGUGGAACAUCUUCAACAGGAUGCCGAUUGCUCGGAAGAUCAUCAAAGAUGGGGAGGAGCAUGAGGAUCUCAACGAAGUAGCAAAGCUUUUCAACAUCCACGAAGACUAAACUCCAGCAGGGGAACAACAGGAGUGAGUAGGACAGUGGGGGCGCUGGCUGCGUGCACCCCCUCAUCUCCAGCACCUCCCUCUGAGUACCUGUGAAUAUUUCCACUCCCCUAGAAUUCUAACGUUUGCACCAAUAAAGUCAGAUUGUUCUAA